UGUGACUGUCUGUGAGUUUCCUCUUCUUCUUCUUCUUCCACCCUCUCACACACACAGCCUCCUGUCUCUGCACUGAGGACACCCUGGGGUGUGUGUGAGAGAGAUAGAGUGUGUCCAACUUUUUGUGCUGGAUCUUUAAUCCCCAUUCAUCCCCAAGAAAGUGCCUCAGUCAGCCUCUCCUCCUCGUCCGCGUCCCACUGAGAAAGAAAACAUGACAGACGCAGCAACCAACAUGCGGCUGAAGCUGCCGAUCACCUGCUUCAUCAUGGAGAUCAUCCUCAUCAUCCUCUUCGGUGUUCUGGUGGAGUACGACCAUGACACGGACGCCAGGGAAUUCCAUCACAAGAACCACACUGACUAUGAAAACGACUUCUACUACCGCUACCCAAGUUUCCAGGAUGUGCAUGUGAUGAUCUUCAUUGGUUUCGGCUUCCUUAUGACCUUUCUGCAGCGCUAUGGCUUCAGCAGCGUGGGCUUCAACUUCCUGAUCGCAGCCCUCGCCCUGCAGUGGGCCACGCUCAUGCAGGGCUUUUUCCACGGAAUGCAUGGAGGCAAGAUCCACAUCGGGGUGGAGAGUAUGAUCAACGCUGAUUUCUGCACCGGCUCUGUGCUCAUCUCAUUUGGAGCUGUUUUGGGUAAAACCAGCCCCGUCCAGCUGCUGAUCAUGGCGAUGUUUGAGGUCACACUGUUUGCUGUCAAUGAGUUUGUCGUGCUGACCGCUCUGGGGGCCAAGGAUGCUGGAGGCUCCAUGACCAUCCACACAUUUGGAGCCUACUUUGGCCUUAUGGUGACACGCAUCCUGUAUCGACCCAACCUGGACAAGAGCAAACACAGGAACAGCUCAGUCUACCAUUCGGACCUGUUCGCUAUGAUCGGUACCAUCUACCUGUGGAUGUUCUGGCCCAGCUUCAACUCUGCCAUCACAGCUCACGGAGACGACCAGCACCGCACAGCCAUGAACACCUACUACUCCCUGGCAGCCUGCACUCUGUCCUCCUACGCUAUGUCUUCCCUCACAGCACACGACGGCAAGCUGGACAUGGUUCACAUCCAAAAUGCUGCUCUGGCCGGUGGAGUCGCAGCAGGAACAGCUGGUGAAAUGAUGCUGACACCUUAUGGCUCCAUGAUUGUUGGUUUCUUGGCCGGCAUCAUCUCUGUUCUCGGCUUCAAGUACCUCUCACCCAUCCUGGAGGAAAAACUAAAGAUCCAAGACACCUGUGGGGUUCACAACCUGCACGGCAUGCCCGGCAUCCUGGGCGCCAUUGUGGGAGCGGUGACUGCUUCCGUGGCAACCACAGAUGUUUAUGGAGGAGGUAUGGCAGACGUGUUCCCAGAUGUGGCGAAUGGAGACAUUAGCGCGUCUUACCAGGGUGUCCGUCAGGCCAUUUCCCUCGCUGUCACCCUCGGCAUCGCUCUCGGGGGAGGCCUAAUUGUCGGUUUCAUUUUGAAGCUUCCUGUCUUUGGUGCUCCUCCUGACACCAUCUGCUUUGAGGACAGCAUCUACUGGGAGGUACCUGGAGACGAGGAGGGUCAUGGGGACCAGUUGACCACUGUGAGGACAGCUGAAACUGAGAAGCUCAACAGUUAGACACACUGAGAGAAUCACACAAACGCGCACACUCUGAGGUUGUUACAUCCCAGCACUUGAGUAUUACACCCUUUAGGUUGUAAAAACAAAAAAGAACCUGCAUUAUGAUCAUGUCAGCUGCCAAAAUGUUUGUUUUUAUGUGUAAAAACAUAAAAAAAAAAAAAAUCACAUUUUUUAUCCUGCAGAAAUAAAAAACAUAGGUUAUAGACAGCUGUGUCCACUGGGAGUCGAUCUCGAGCUGUGUCCCUCUGCUAUUCAGGCCUGUGAAGAGACUGCACUGGGAAAUGAUGUGUCUAUUUGAUGAAAGAUGCCGUCUAAUUGUCCCCUAAACCCGGCCAAGACACGGUUACAGAAUUUAAUUUCAGCAGCCGCUUCAAACCAAAGACAAACAGACUCGUUCAGAGCCACAAACCUCCAUUCAGCCUCACUGAGUCUUGGCAAAUUUAACAUUUAGAAAAUUGGUUAUUUUUCACCGUAAACCAAUUUUCUGUAUUUGAAAUAAGGGAUCUUAAUGCAGAACAAUGCUGAGGCAUAAAUAUGUUUUUUUCAUAUAUAUGUGUAUUAUCUCCUGAUACUUUAGGUUUGGGAUUUUCUGUGAUUUUAUUUUUCAUAUUAAACCGUAUGUGAUUAGUUAGGAUUGAAAUAUCAUGUUACAGUUAUGUACCUUUAUAUUAAUGGUAUGUCAGACAGAUUUUUAGAUUAGGCCUAAAUGGAUUUGGUAAUAGCUGCAUUCACUGUUUGCAACAAUUCUAUGUGAAUUAAAAGUGUUUUGGAUUCAUGUUUGGCAAAAUAAAUUGUCCACAAGUGUGAA